UAUAGAAUAAUUUGCUAAUUUGGUAAUUCCCUCCAACAAAAAGCAUUUGAACAACGCGCUCUGGCCACAUUCUCUCAGGCAGAGCAGCGGCGCCAUGAAGAAACUUCGUUGCCCAUGCCUGCGAUCUCGGCUGAUCGAGUUCCUCAUUCGAUCGGCUCAGUUUCUGGAAGUUUCGCCAAUUGUCAAGUACUCAGCGCUAUCGCUCUUCGCCGACCGCUUUUACCCUGCUCUCUCCGGACUCGAAGACAGCAAGGUGAUGAAAAACUGGCUUCUGCAUCCGAUUGGAGAAUGUAACUUGCAGCUAUUUGCUCUUGUUUCAUUAUGGAUAUCAAGCAAAAUACAUGAUUCACCUCCUCUGUCUGUUAAAAAUUUCAAAUCCUUGGGAGACAAGUUUAUCAAGGAGCAACAUUUCACCAUGGGGGAUAUUUUGGAAGCUGAGAUAGUGCUAAUGCAGGUUCUGCAAUUUGGGAUUGGCACGUCAAAAAUUGCUUUUGCUUCAGUUGAAGAGCUUCUUGUUCAAUUCAAGGCAGUUGCCCAAGUUGGGGAGCAUGUGAAGUUUGAAGCUUGUAUGGAUGUUAUGGAUCUGCUUUAUGAAAAUGAAGAGACAUCAGUCCUUUACAGCUCUCCUGAGGCUCUGGCUGCAUCAGUGGUGGUCGUUGGUUACAUCAUUACAGUACCUCCACAAAAGUGGGAGUUUCCUGUUCUUCCUUGGGUGAAAUUUGUGACGUCGUGCAAAGAAGAGGACGUAGUGAAUACUGUCCGGGUGAUCCUAGAGCAUAUAUUUCAACCCCAAGCAGGCUAUUAUGUAACAAAUGGAUAAAAUGUACAUCUGAUUAUGAAGGGAUAAAUGAAUGCGGGGGUUUACUCUAGUUGGAAGGUACUUGUGUUACAUACACAAACUUUUAUUCAAUCUUAUCUUUGUACAUGAACUAAAUAUCAUGUUUUCAAAUACACAAACUUUUCAUUGUUCUGAUUUUUCCAUGGUUGUCACUUGGCCUCAAGAAAAUGUUGAGGUAUACGCUUGAAAUGUCAGCAUGGCUUAAACAAUCGAUGUAAUAAAUGAUGGAAUUGAAUGUCAAUUCGACUAAUCAUGAUGACAUUAAUUUGUCACUUCAACUA